UAAAUAUAUGGGAUUUUUGACUUAUUUUUUUAGCAAUAAACAUAAAGGUUUAAAUGACAAAGCCAAUGAAGAAGAGGUAAUCAAAUUUAUAAAGUAGAUAUGGAUUUAUGAUUUAGUCUAUGAACAUUUAACAUCCCCAAUCUGGAAAAUUGCAAUUAUGGAGUUCAUUGAUGAAAAUUGCAUAAUAUUUGAUGAUGAAGAUCAAUUUACACAAGAAUAGAACUAAAAAUUCUAAUAAUUUUAAGAUCUAAUAUCUUUUUAAUUUGAUAAUAUGCUUAAUGAAUAUGGAUUAACAUAGGAAUAAUUGACUAAAUAAAUUAUUAAAGGUUUGGCACAUCCAUAACAUAAACAAAUUUUUCAACAGAUUAUAGCUAUAAAUGAUUACAAGAUAUUCAGAAAAUAAAUGUUAACAAGAAAUAAGGAAUUAGAAUUUGAAGCAUUUGAGGAAUUAGAUAGAUAGGAUAAAUUACAAUAAGAAUAAUAACAAUAGUAAUAGUAAAUUCAUAAGUAACAUAUAUGUAAUAUUACUUAAGAUAACCAGCAGAAUUUGAUUAAUAAUUUGAACUAAAAAGAUUGUAAAUAGAGAAAGAGAAAUCUGAACUAGAAUUAGCUAUUGAAUUAUCAAAAAAAGCAGAAGAAGAGUAAAAGCGUCUUAUAGAAAAAGAAAAUGAAGAUUUGCUUAAACAAAUAUUGGAAUAAAGUUUAUUAGAAUACAAGUAUCUUUUUAUUUAUAAUUUAUUUAAAGUGAAUUACAAAAAAAGUUGGAGGUUGUCUAAUAAAAAGAAUCAGAACUUAGAUCAAAUCCCUUAUAUAAAUAAUCAGAAAUCUUCAAAUCUAUUAAAAAUUUGAAAUAUCCAUCUUUUUCAAGUUACAUUCAAAGAUAAGAUGAGUCCGAUUAAUUAAAAAAGGGAUAAGAAGAAUUAAAGAGUUAGAUCCUUCAUAAAUAAGAUUUUUAAAAUUAAGUUUAUUAGCCUUCUUUAGAAAAGGAUUACUCUUUUGAACCUCCAGUAAUUGAAAGAGUAACAUCAGAAUUAAUAGAAGAAAGUGAUUUACUUAAAAGUGAAGUGAUGUAAGAUUAGAAAUUAAAAAUGAUAUAAAAGAAAGAGUUAAUAAUUAAAAAGAAGAAUGAAAUGAAUAAAUCUGAAUUACUUAAGUUUGAACAGGAGAAAAAAUAAGUGUUCAUUAAUUAGGUAAUUAAUUUUUACAUUAUAUUAUAGACUCAAUAUUUAAAGAAGUGAUAAGUGCUA